AUGAUAGUACCACGGGCAAAGUCACCUCUCGAGGUGGUUAUUGUUGGUGCCGGCAUUGGGGGUAUGGCUGCUGCAUUGGCAUUGGGCCAGCGAGGACACCAUGUCAUUGUUCUCGAAUCAGCCCCAAAGCUCAUGGAAGUCGGAGCCGGUAUCCAAGGCUCCCCGAACAUGUUGACGCUCUUUGACAGAUGGGGAGUCUCUCCCUUAAUACACGCCAAGGACGUCGCCUUGGAACACAUCCACGUCCGACGAUGGCAGGACGGCAGCCUUCUGGGAACAAUGCCUGUAAACAAGACAUAUGGCCAACAAGUAGUUGUCCACCGUGCAGACCUUCACAAUGCGCUGAUCGAAAAGGCCGUGGCGCUGGAGAAUGUCCAAGUACAGGUCAACUCGACCGUUACUCGCGUCCGGUUUGACCCUCCAGCCGUGACCCUCGCCGACGGCACCGUGGUGCACGGCGAUGUAGUCCUCGCAGCAGACGGGAUCAAAUCCAGCAUUCGGGACCAGCUGCUGGGCAAAGAUGCGACCAAGGCCGUCCCCACCGGAGACGCAGCGUACAGAAUCAUGCUUCCCCGAAGCGCCAUGGAGAAUGAUCCCGAGCUGAAGCAGCUCAUUGACGAGCCCCAGGCAACACGGUGGAUCGGACCCUACCGCCAUAUCAUCGCCUAUCCAGUCCGCAACCACCAGCUAUACAACAUCGUCCUGCUCCACCCGGACCGCACCGAUGUCGAAGAGUCGUGGACAACCAGGGGAUCGAAGCAGAUGAUGGUCGAUGACUAUCGCGGCUGGGACAGGCGAGUAACGAAGCUCAUCGACCUGGUUAAGGACGACGAAGUCCUCGAGUGGAAGCUGUGCCAGCACCCGCCUCUAAAGACGUGGAUCAAGGGCCGCGUGGCCUUGCUCGGCGAUGCCUGCCAUCCAAUGCUUCCGUACGUCGGCCAAGGUGCCGCCCAGGCAGUCGAAGACGCCGCCGCCCUCGGCGUCCUCCUAUCCACCAUCUCCUCGCGGAGCGAAAUCCCCCCUGCCCUGGCGGCAUACGAAAAGUCGCGCAAACACCGCGCAGAGACAGUGCAGCAGUCCGGCACCGUCAACCGCGCGACAUUGCAUCUCCCCGACGGGCCAGAACAGCAGGCCCGCGACGACCAGUUCCGCGCUUCGAUGAACGGGGCAUCGAAUCCAGACAAAUGGGCCGAUCUGGAGACGCAGAAAUUCCUGUGGGGCUGGGAUGCAGAGAAGGUGGCCCUGGAGACCUGGGAAGGUGAAUUCUCUUUUAAGCUGGUUAUGUGA